GUUAGAGAGAUAUCAUCAUGUUUGUUUUUGUUUCAGUUCAUUUUCUAAUUAAUCUUCAAACCAAAUCUGAACUGCAAAAAAAAUAACAAAUGCUUUGUCGAGGCAAUGGCAAAUUGUAUCUAGAUAUCAUGUCUCUUGUUCUGCCAGGCAAUGACUCUGUUAUCUUCAUUCUUCUUCACUGUUCCUGGAAAUGCAACCAUCAAUAAUAGUAUCAUAAAAUUAUAAUGUCUGAAACUCUGCAACUCAUCAUUAUUGUUUUCCAAAUAUCUGAAGAAAUUCAGGUGAAACCAUUUUGACUGUUGCAUCCAUUUAAAGAAACUUAAACCAUUUUGGGCGACACCAUUGCUUUUUUUUUUUAAUCUAAGUCUUUGCUUCAUAUAUACAUGUCUUAAUUGCUAAACCAGAAAAUACGACUGAACCGUCGGUACAAAUAAUUAGAGAUAACCGCAUUUUAUUGCUAAACCACAAACACUCUGUUUCGUCGAUAGGGUUCGACUUGUCUGGCUCAGACGUCGCCACAACUCUCUCUCAAGUUCACCCACACACACAACACUCGGUGCAUCUUUUUAUCUCUCAAGAAUCCUUAAAACAUAUGUUUCUUCUCAUUGUCCGCUUGGUAAUAGUUUAAGGUUGUUCUCUCUGUGAAUCAAACCGAUGUCUGCUUCAUGUGCUGUAACACCGUCUGUUAGGACAGAACUAAGUAAAAGACUCACCUUUCCUGCUCAAACUCGUCGACCAAGAAACAAAUGCGAAAUCAGCAGAAGGGGCUUUGCAGUGAGAGGGAUCGUUGCUUCUGGAGUUUCAGUCAUGGGCACUCCUCCUUCAGCUGCUUCUCAGCCAAUCCAAGGUGGUGAGAGGUUAGCUUUUAAGCCAGAAGGAUACAACUUUUGGGAAUGGAGAGGUCACAAGAUUCAUUAUGUAGUUCAAGGAGAAGGCUUGCCUCUUGUUCUUAUCCAUGGCUUUGGUGCUUCUGUCUUUCACUGGAGGUAUAACAUCCCUGAGCUGGCUAAGAAGUACAAGGUGUACGCAUUGGACUUGCUCGGUUUCGGAUGGAGUGACAAAGCCCUCAUAGAGUAUGACGCCAUGGUUUGGACUGAUCAAGUUAUUGACUUCAUCAAGGAGGUUGUCAAAGAGCCAACCGUUGUGGUUGGAAACAGCCUUGGAGGGUUCACAGCUUUGUCGGUUGCGGUGGGAUUACCAGAGCAAGUCACAGGAGUGGCUCUUCUGAACUCUGCAGGACAGUUUGCAUCCGAGAGUAGAAAGCAAGAGGAAGAAGCUGAGGAAACCGUUUUAACCAAGUUUAUAGUUAAGCCGCUCAAAGAGGUUUUUCAACGAGUGGUUCUUGGGUUCUUGUUCUGGCAAGCUAAGCAGCCUUCUCGAAUCGAAUCUGUGUUAAAGAGUGUGUACGUAAACGCUGCUAAUGUAGAUGACUACCUCGUUGAAUCCAUCUCAAAACCUGCAACAGACCCAAAUGCUGGAGAAGUUUACUACAGAUUGAUGACAAGGUUCUUGACGAACCAGAGUAGAUACACUUUGGACAGUGUUCUAAGUAAGAUGACUUGCCCGCUACUGUUGCUUUGGGGUGAUCUUGACCCGUGGGUUGGUCCUGCUAAAGCGGAGAAGAUCAAAGCGUUUUACUCGAAGUCAUCGCUGGUGCACUUACAAGCAGGGCAUUGUCCUCAUGACGAAGUCCCUGAAGCUGUAAACGUUGCUUUGUUGGAUUGGCUGUCUAAUGUAGUUUCCAAACCAUCGUCCCCUGAACUCUCAGAGGUGUGAAGACUCUUUUUGCAAAGGAAGUAUAUAGUUUGUAAAUACAUUGUUACCAAUACUUCUUGGAUUAUAUAAUUUAAUAUGAUCAGGAUUCUGGUUUUAGUGCAAAUAUUUAUACGAGUAA